CGCGUUGUGUGCGCGCCGCUGACGUCACAGUGGGAGUGUGCCAUAGGGAGAAAUUAACGGACAUCAGCACAAGUCAGUCUCUGCGCUCAUCAUGUUUGUGAGGGGCAAGCUGACUGAAGUGUCGCGGGGACGGUUUACACAGCACUGAUUCAUUGUCUAUGUGCAGAAGACCGGUUUGGAUUACCUCAUAGAUUUGUCCACAGUAUCAGUUUUCUAUGUUGAGAAGAUAGAGCUGGCCUGCUGAUGAAUGGAACAGAAGCAAUCCCUGAACUGUGAGCCAGUGGAGGCCAGGCUGGACUAAUGACGAGCAUGACUUUACGCCAAAACGCAGAUGCAUGUACGCUCUCAGAGUCCACCUGACUGCUGCCACCCUUUGCUCCCUGGCUUUUGAAUCAGCCUAUCAGAGGGCUGGUGGUGGCGGGGCUUAGCUAGACCCCACCUCUUUGCUGACAUCUGCGCCUCCCGAUGGAUCAGGGUGGUAGCGAGCAGCCUGGGGUGGAUGAGCCAGAUUCUGGUGUUUGUGCAGAGCGAGAGGUGAGCAGAAGGGCAUCCGAGCCUGAUCAUGCCCUGUCCAAAAUCACCCACAAUGCCUUGGAGAACAUGGGUGUGCUGGGCCAUGGCCUGAAGCAGCUCUUCCAACCUCAGCGCAGACGUUCGUCCGUCUUGCCGUAUGACCCCACCUCUUCCUCCACAGGCCCCAUCUCUAAGUCCCUAGAUGCGGGGCCAGAGUUGGGGGAAGCGCCUGCCAUUACGGUUGCCGCCCCUAACUCUGACCCCCACGCUUCCGCCCCCCCUGCAGCUCUGAGCCGCGUGCUGCAGCAGAUUCGAGGCCCCCCCAUGAUGAAGAGAGGGACCAGCCUGCAAAGCCGGCGCAGCAAAGCAGGGGGGGGAACGGAGCCCCCCCAGAAAGGCAGCCCACAGAUUCACAGGCGCAGCACCCACGAAAUCUUGUUGCAGGCGGGACGGCCACGCUCCUCUUCCACCACAGAUACACCAAGCAGCCCAGCUCUGGCAGACAUGUUGCUGACCUCAGGGUAUCAGUCCACUGAGGAGUCUGAACGGCAAGAUCGUCUGGAGGUUUCUGGCCCAGCGGUAUCUCCGAACGCUUUGUCGGGCGGUUUAGACGGCGGUCAGUAUGGUUUAGAUUCAGUGGAUGGCACCCCUGAUCCUCAACGCACCAAGCAGGCCAUCUCUCAGCUACAGCAGAAGAUCCUUAAACUGACAGAGCAGAUCAAAAUCGAACAAACGGCGAGAGAUGACAACGUAGCCGAGUACCUAAAACUGGCCAACAACGCAGACAAACAGCAGAGUGGUCGCAUCAAGCAGGUGUUCGAGAAGAAAAACCAAAAGUCUGCACAGACCAUCCAGCAGUUACAGAGGAAGCUGGAACAUUACCAUCGCAAACUCCGAGAGGUGGAGCACAAUGGAAUACCACGCCAACCGAAAGAUGUCCUACGUGACAUGCACCAGGGUCUGAAGGAUGUAGGGGCAAAGGUGUCUGGUGGCCUCUCCAGUAUCUCCCAGGCCACUCACUCCGCCGCAGGAGCAGUUGUUUCCAAACCCCGCGAAUUUGCAUCUCUUAUCCGCAACAAGUUUGGAAGUGCAGACAACAUCUCUUCCUUAAAAGACUCUUUAGAUGAACAACAAGGGGACGAACCACUGCCAAGUGUAGGGACCGCUGUCACCAGGACUCCUGGAACUGGCCAGCUUCAAUCCAGCCCAAAAUACGGCAGUGAGGACGACUGCUCCAGCGCUACGUCAGGGUCAGCAGGAGCAAACAGCACCACUGGUGCUCCCGGUGGGCCUCCGAGUUCAAAGGGUAAUACCAUGGAGCAAAGCCAGGUCUCUGGCUUCGAUACACUGCUGCACGAGAUCCAGGAACUGAAGGAUAACCAGAAUCGACUUGAAGAAUCUUUCGAAAGCCUGAAAACUCAUUAUCAUAGGGACUACACAGAUAUCAUGCAGGCUCUGCAGGAGGAAAGAUUCAGGUGUGAGCGCCUAGAGGAGCAGUUGAAUGAUCUAACAGAGCUGCAUCAAAAUGAGAUCCUCAACCUAAAGCAAGAGCUGGCCAGCAUGGAGGAGAAAAUCGCUUACCAGUCUUAUGAACGAGCCAGAGACAUACAAGAAGCACUGGAGGCUUGUCAAACUCGCAUCUCUAAGAUGGAGCUUCAACAGCAGCAGCAACAAGUGGUUCAGUUAGAAGGUUUGGAAAACGCCACGGCACGCACUUUACUCGGCAAGCUCAUCAAUAUUCUGUUGGCCGUCAUGGCCGUUCUCCUAGUGUUUGUUUCGACGGUUGCAAACUGUGUGGUUCCACUGAUGAAAACGCGUAGCCGCACGCUUUCAACGUUGCUGCUUGUCAUAGUCUUGGCUUUCCUGUGGCGGAACUGGGAAGCCAUGUCCCAGUACCUGGACCGAUUUCUGCUGAACCCCAGAUGACCUGCAGGGGAGCUGUUGUUGCUUCAUGAAGGGACUGCAGGUCGAGAGCCUUGUUUGGAGGAUGGAGACUAACACUGCCUCAGUUGCACUUAGUACAGAGGGACCUGGGACAAGAGUGGCGGACAUGGACGUAUCCUACAACCUUUUACUUUUCUCUUUUCUUUCAUCGAAGGAGUGCAUUUGUUUACAUUUUAAAGCUCUUUUUCCGUCAACAUGAAUUGUAUUGCUGAGUUUCCUUUUAUUUGUUGUUGGAAAUGAUGCAAGCCGUGUUGUAACUAUUGUUAGGAUGUACAUUUAUGCAAUUUACAGAGUGUUGCAUUGACUUGACUUGAGUGGUUUUAACAUGCACUGGAUGGAGAUUAUUCUCCUUAUUUUUAAUACCAUAAUAACUACUCGUUGCUUCUAACUUUUUAUAAUCUGUUCUUUUAUCUCUUCUCUCUUUUCUUCCUUACAUGCUUCUCUUAUCUCUAACUCUUUUAUUUCCUGUGUUUUCAUGACGUCACUCUUCUCACGUUACAACCGUUUUGCUGCUGCUUGGACUUCGCUGCAGAAUGAAUUGCUGAAUGAAGGAUAAGAUGGAUUGUUUUGAAGUGGAGGCACCUGGAGUUUUAUUUGAAUGGGUUGUAAGAGACUGGGCCAAGAAACCAGAAUGCUCUUAAAUCGAGCAGGCCCAAACUGCCCUACUCUUUGGCCUGGCCCCAUGCCCCCACUGACCUGCCCUCAUAGAGGCACAGUCCCUGGUUUAUGAACAUACUUGAAGAGCUGGAAAUGCUCAAAGACUCUCAGUGCUUCCGUACUGUUUCUUAUAGCGACAAUGAAAUAGUCCUUUUUAGUUUUAUUUUUUAUUUUUAAAAUGAAAAGAAUAAACAAGCUGUUUUAAAAAUGCAAA